CUAGAAGCACAACCAUGGCUGUCGGUAAAAAUAAGAGACUUUCCAAGGGUAAGAAAGGUUUGAAGAAGAGAGUUGUUGACCCAUUCACCAAGAAAGAAUGGUACGACAUUAAAGCUCCAUCUACUUUCGAAAACAGAAAUGUUGGUAAAACUUUGAUCAACAAAUCCACCGGUUUGAAAAACGCUGCCGAUGGUUUGAAAGGUCGUGUUGUUGAAGUUUGUUUAGCUGACUUACAAGGUUCUGAAGACCACUCUUACAGAAAGGUUAAAUUGAGAGUUGAUGAAGUUCAAGGUAAAAACUUGUUAACCAACUUCCACGGUUUAGAUUUCACUUCUGAUAAAUUAAGAUCCUUAGUUAGAAAAUGGCAAUCUUUAGUUGAAGCUAACGUUACUGUUAAAACCGCUGAUGAUUACGUUUUAAGAGUUUUCGCUAUUGCUUUCACUAAAAGACAAGCUAACCAAGUUAAAAAAACCACUUACGCUAAAUCUUCUAAAUUAAGAGAAGUUAGAAAGAAGAUGAUUGAAAUCAUGCAAAGGGAAGUUUCUAACGUUACUUUAUCUCAAUUAACUUCUAAAUUAAUCCCAGAAGUUAUUGGUCGUGAAAUUGAAAAAUCUACUCAAACCAUCUUACCUUUACAAAACAUUCACAUUAGAAAAGUUAAAUUAUUAAAACAACCAAAAUUCGACUUGGGUGCUUUGAUGUCUUUACACGGUGAAGGUACUACUGAUGAUAAAGGUAAAAAAGUUUCUGGUUUCAAAGAUGUUGUCUUAGAAUCCGUAUAAUUGUAUUAAAAGAGUGUUGAAGAGUUGAAAAAAAGGAAG